AUGAGUCAGUCGGAUCUAACCUCAAAUCACUCGGACGCUGACGAGAUGGAUUUUACGCUUACUCCGUGUGUGGCCUGUAAACAAACAUCUACUGAAAAUGAACCGAUGGUGGGAUGUGAUUCAUGUAAAGGAUGGUUCCAUUAUCGAUGUGUAGGUGUAACGGAGGCUGUUAAAACGGAAAAGCACUGGUUCUGUGCAGAUACGGUUUGUCAAGAGAUGGGGAAAAAGCUCCAAGAAAAGGGUAAAAAAGUGAAGAAAAACCCUAACCGUGCCACCGCGAAGUCGAGUACUGUUCCUACCCAGCACGAUAAAAUUAAAGCUAUGGAAGAGGAAUUUAAGCGGAAAAUGGACGAAUUGGAUUUGGAAAAGAUACUGAAGGAAAAGGAGAUGGAGUUGAAACUGGCUUUGCAAGAAAAAAGGUUGCAGAUGGAAAGAGAUUUGCGUGAAAAGGAGUUGUCCCAAGAAAAGCGUUUACUCGAACGAGCCAUGGAAGAAAAAGCUGAACAUCUGGAAAAGAUGAAGGUGAUGCAACAGUCGUACCAGGAGGUGAUGGCUGGAAUGGAUGAUGCCAUUAAACCGUUGAAGUUGCCCAGCCAACGUCCUAUAUUACACGGCGAAGAUCCGCAGGAAGGUACCUCCGCAGUAGAUCAUACUCCGUUACGUAAUCCUAGCGUGAUAGUCGGAAAAUUGCUUGAUAAGAAGGUAGAAUCGCGCCCAAAAAAACCAGCAGAGAAAAAGAAAACCUCUAAAGAUACGGCGGUUGCGGUGGAAAAUACUGACACUAGUGACGAAGAUGGAGACGAUAAUACUGACGACGAAGAAGUAUCAGAACCGGAAUCCAAUGGUGGCACUGUUUCGUACGGGCUGGGGCAGCAGCGUACUGGUCCCACUAGAAUGCAACUAACAGCGCGAAGCGGAGUGACGAAAAAAUUGCCUAUGUUCGCAGGAAAGGCGGAAGAUUGGCCAUUAUUCUAUGGUACGUUUCAAGCAUCGAACGAGGCAUGCGGUUUUACCGAUGUGGAAAACCUGGUAAGACUCCAGGAAUGUUUGAAAGGACCGGCACUCGAAAGUGUUCGAGGCCAGUUGAUUCUCCCAAAAUCUGUCCCGAAGGUGAUGAAAAAACUGCGCCAGUUGUACGGCCGUCCUGAACUUUUACUUCAAAGCCAUCUUGAACGAGUUAGAAAAUUGGAAUCGCCUAAACCUGAUAAGUUGGCAUCGUUUAUCCCGUUCGGAAACGCCGUAGAACAACUUUGCGAGCAUUUAGAGGCAGCGAACUUGCAGCAGCACCUGAUUAACCCGAUACUUAUUCAGGAUCUUGUUGAUAAGCUUCCAGCCAGUGAUAAACGUGAAUGGGUACGAUAUAAAAGGAAAAAGCAGGAAGUAACAUUAAGAACCUUCACUGAUUUUAUAGCACGAAUCGUGGACGAAGUUUGCGAGGCCAACGUGAGUAUAGAGCAGAAAGGUGAAUCGAAAUCCUCAAUGGGAACUAUCCGCGAAAAUAAACCAAGAACGAAGGAGAGAGGUGUGCUAUUCAAUCACGGUACCUCAAGUGGUGCAAUUAAGUUAACGGAAGAAAAGGUGCAACGCAAACCAUGUAAAGCGUGUCAUCGCUCCGACCACCGUUUGAGAUAUUGUGAAGAUUUUCGGAACAUGGCAUACAAUGAUCGAAUGGAUUUAGUAACAAAAUGGAAGCUGUGUAAUAUCUGCUUGAACGAUCACGGCAACGCUCCUUGCAAAUUCAAGAUUCGUUGCAAUGUUGGUAAUUGUCAGCAAAGACACAACCCACUGCUCCAUCCGCUAGAGAGUGUGGUCGGAAUAAAUGCGCAUAUCCAGGCGGCUAGUGCAGUCCUUUUUCGGAUGAUUCCUGUACGACUUCACUGCGGAGAGAAUAGCGUCACGACUCUAGCAUUUUUAGAUGAAGGCGCAUCUGUUACGCUGAUCGAGAACGAGCUAGCUAAUCGUUUGGGCCUGGUAGGAACUCCAGAGCAGCUUACUAUUACCUGGACUGCUGAUAUAACCCGCGAGGAGAAGGGUUCAAGGUGUAUGGAUGUAAUGGUGUCGGCUAUUGGCGGCGGAGAAAAGGUGUUAUUAAAUUCUGUCCGUACAGUGAAGAGUUUGCUUCUGCCAAAACAAUCCUUAGAUUCUUUCAAGAUUUCGCAACAAUACACUUACUUAAAAAAUCUUCCACUACUUUCCUACUCGGGUGCUAGGCCUGGGUUGUUAAUCGGACUCAAUAAUUUAGAUUCUUUCGCUCCGAUUGAAGUACGUAUGGGUGAUUCUGGUGAACCAGUUGCUGUACGUUGUAAAUUGGGAUGGACCGUCUAUGGGCCAAAGGGUAAUGGCUCCCCAGAUCGAAACGGUGUAUUAAGCUUCCACCAUAUUGUUAGCAAUGAGGCUCUGCACGACUUGCUGCGAUCGCAGUAUGUUUUGGAGGAGACGGUUGUGACUACUAAAAAAGAGACAAAGGAGGAUGAAAGGGCUUUGAAUAUUUUACGUCGAACGACUAGACGGGUGGGUGUCCAUUUCGAAACUGGACUGUUGUGGAAGAACAACGAGGUGAACUUUCCAGACAGUUGGCAGAUGGCGAUAAAAAGGAUGACUCAACUCGAGAAAAGAUUAGAAAGAAAUCCUGAGAUCUACGAGAAUGUCCGUAAACAAAUAGUAGAAUACCAACAGAAAGGGUAUGCCCAUUUAGCUACCCAGGAAGAGUUGUCUAAAAGUGAUCCCUCCAAGGUUUGGUAUUUACCGCUUAAUGUGGUACUCAAUCCCCGCAAGCCUGGAAAAAUCCGGCUGGUGUGGGACGCUGCUGCGACCGUAGAAGGAGUGUCUCUGAACUCGCAACUGCUCAAAGGUCCAGACAUGCUCACUCCAUUAGUAUCCGUUAUUGUUGGAUUCCGAGAACGCAGGGUUGCCUUCGGAGCGGAUGUCCGUGAGAUGUACCAUCAGCUGCGGAUCAUCGAAGGCGAUAAGCAAGCACAACGCUUUGUCUUUCGCGCGAAAAAGACCGAUCCUCCCAGUGUCUACGUUAUGGACGUUGCGACGUUUGGGUCGACAUGUUCACCAUGCUCGGCCCAAUUUGUGAAAAAUCUAAACGCUAAGGAGAAUGCCGACGAGUAUCCAGAGGCAGCAGCUGCAAUUCUCAAUCGACACUACGUCGAUGAUUAUUACGACAGUACCGACACCGUCGAAGAAGCAAUUCGGCGGGCCAGAGACGUGAAACUUGUUCACUCUAAAGGGGGAUUUGAGUUGAGAAAUUGGGUCUCCAAUUCCCCUGAAGUUCUUCGAAGUCUAGGAGAGGAGAAAGUCGUUCAGGCGAUCCACUUCGGUCGGGACAAGGAUACCGGCAACGAGAGAGUUCUGGGGAUAAUUUGGAAUCCUGACCAGGACACGUUUUCGUUUUCUGCAGAGCACCGUGAUCACCUGCGAGAGUACCUGAGUGGUAAUGAAAAGCCGACAAAAAGAAUUGUCCUAAGUUGCGUGAUGGGAUUUUUCGAUCCGUUAGGUCUUUUGGCACCAUUUACGAUCCACGGAAAGAUAUUGGUUCAGGAUCUGUGGCGCAGUGGCUCUUCAUGGGACGAAAAAGUGGAUGAUAUAUGCUGGACUAAGUGGAAACGGUGGGUCGAGUUACUUCCGGAGGUGGAAAGUAUUCGAAUUCCACGCUGCUAUUUUGGUGAUUCGAGAUGGUCAGCAGUUGAAUCACUAGAGUUGCAUAUGUUCACAGACGCAAGCGAAUAUGCUUACGGUUGCGUUGGCUAUUUGCGUGCAGUAAUUGAAGACACAGUAAAGUGCUGCUUAAUAAUGUCUCGUGCCAAAGUAGCACCACUGAAACGUCAGUCGGUUCCUCGAUUAGAGUUGAUGGCGGCGGUAUUGGGGGCUAGAAUGCUGCGGACGAUUAUCGACACUCACUCCAUAAAAUUUCAUCAUCACAUCAUGUGGACCGAUUCGCAAACUGUACGCAGCUGGAUUCGUUCCGACCAGCAUAAAUUUAAGCAAUUUGUUGCAUUUCGAGUUGGUGAAGUGUUGGAGUUAACUAAACCGACAGACUGGUACUGGAUUCCGUCUAAACUGAAUGCGGCAGAUGUUCUCACGAAGUGGGGAAAGCACUCUCCAUUGGAUAGCAGAAGUUUCUGGUUCACCGGUCCAGAAUUCUUAUACCAGUCCAAAGAAACCUGGCCGGCUCAACCGGAUUCAGUCGAGGAAACGAAUGAGGAAGUACGUGCAUUUGUUCUUCACCAUGGUGUGGCACCGAAGCAAAGUGUUAUCAAUAGCGAAAGAUUCUCUCGGUGGACGAAGCUACUCCGAAGUACGGCGAUGGUGUUGAGGUUCAUAGGUAACUGCAGGAGAAAGAAGAACGGUCAGCCACUACUGACAAUAAUGGCAACAGCUAACCAAGCAAAAUUGAUAAAAGUACGCCUGCCUGUCGUGCGUCGACCGUUGCAGCAAAACGAAUUGGCGCAGGCUGAAACUUUGCUGUGGAAGCUAGUACAACUUGAGAGUUUUCCGGAUGAAACAGCAGUUCUGUACAAUAAAAAACAGGGAGAGGUUCCUAGCAUUAGAAUAGGAAAAUCUAGCGUUCUCUACAAAUUAACACCUAUUGUAGAUGAAAACGGCGUGAUAAGAGUAGGUGGAAGAAUGGAAGCUUCGGAGGACUUGUCAUUCGACAAAAAGUAUCCAAUCAUUUUGGGCCGUAAUCAUGACAUUACUUCGUUGUUAAUACUACAUUAUCACGAAAGGUGCGCUCACGGCAAUCGGGAGACUGUCUGUAACGAACUUCGACAAAAAUUUCACAUACCAAAUCUGCGUACGGCAAUUAGACAAGCGGUGCGAGAGUGUAUGAAAUGUAAGGUGUGGCAUAGUCGUCCAAGAGCUCCGAAGAUGGCACCAUUACCGAUCCAGCGAAUUUCCCAGCAACUGCGUCCAUUCAGUGCCGUUGGAGUAGAUUUUUUGGGUCCGAUCGAAGUGACAAUCGGCAGUAGAAGAGUAGAAAAGCGGUGGGUAGCACUAUUUACGUGCUUGACAGUUAGAGCUAUCCACCUGGAAGUGGCGCAUUCUCUAUCGUCCCAAUCAUGCUUAAUGGCUAUUAGAAGGUUCAUAAAUCGGUUCGGGUGUCCAAACGAGUUCUUUUCCGACAACGGAACAAAUUUUAAAGGAGCGAGCAAAGAGUUAAUGGCAGAAAUAAAUCGCAUACAGAACGCCUGUGCCGAAGGAGUGACAAGUGUCGUAACGAAGUGGCACUUCAAUCCGCCCGGAGCGCCGCACAUGGGCGGCGUCUGGGAACGGAUGGUUCGAUCCGUCAAAGAAACUAUGGCGGCUUUAUGCGACGGAAGGAAGCUAACUGACGAGAUCCUGUUAACGACGUUGAGCCAAGCGGAAGAAAUAAUAAAUUCGCGUCCGUUGACCUACUUGCCACAGGAGUCAGCAGAAACAGAGGCCCUAACUCCUACACAUUUCUUGCGGGGAAUUGUUACCAAAGCAGACAUCAUGCUCGACGGUCAGGUGAACGCGGCUGAAGCACUCCGUGAUAAAUAUAAGCGGUCAUUAUACUUAGCCGAUCGAAUGUGGGAGCGGUGGUCGAAAGAGUACCUGCCCACAAUUAAUCACCGUUCAAAAUGGUUUGCCGAUCAAAAGGAUCUACAAGUUGGUGACUUGGUAUUCAUCUCCGAUGGCAAAAACAGGAAGAACUGGACGCGAGGAAUAGUGGAAGAGGUGUUUGCGGGUCGAGACGGAAGAAUUAGACAGGCGAACGUGAAGACAGCUGGAGGCGUUUAUAGGAGAGCUACUGCAAACUUGGCGGUGUUGGAAAUUGCUGAUGGUAAAUCCGGAAAGUCUGAUGAAACUAUACCGGAGUUACGGGCUGGGGAUUGUUGA